UUAAAACAGAUAUUUGAUACACAAUUUGCACGACUUUUUUUGUUAGCACUUAGUGUCCAAUAUUCGGGUGAUUGUUUGUUGUUGACCACCAAAAUGGCCGCUAAUACCGAUGCUGUGGUGGACACCAACAAACCAAUUGUUUCAAAGGUGGUUGUGAUGCCGUUUAUGCUAAACGAUUGGAUCUGCUAUGAGUUUGGCACACGUUUUCGUAUCAGACAAGUAAAUCGGUUGCAAAGUAUACGCAAAAUGGUCAAACUUGAUGCCGGUGCCGAAGAUGGCGUUUUCAUUGGACAGUUUACCGACGAUGAUACCGAUUUUGAGAUCGAAAUGGACAACGUUAUGAGCUCGAAGAAUAUCUCCUAUACUAUCCAAUCGUUGACAACCAUUACCAAGAAAUGCUUUCUCAGACGCGGCAAUCAAUAUAUUCAUCGGACAAUUGAAUCCGAGGGCAAACAUUUGCAUUUUACCGGCGGUAGUCUGUACGACAUCGACGACAUCAUCGAAUCUCGGGCCACACGCUAUGGCGUAACUCAGGAACAGUCCCGACACUUCUCAACUCGACUGAAGGUUAUUAUUGAAACUGAAAAAAUGUUGGUACCGUCGGGACCGGCGAUCAACGUCAGUGUCAAGUAUAUGAUUACUGUGAACGAGUUGAGUCGCAAACAAGUUAUCGUCGUACGAAUGGGUGCCGACAAUACGGUUGGACAGUUGAAACGCCAGAUUGACUACUUGGAGGGAAUACCAUCUACUGAACAGAUACUCAUCUAUAAGCAACAUAUUAUGACCGAUAGAAAUCGGCUCCGAUUGUACGGUAUUGGUAACGACGAUAGCGUUGAACUCGAACUGAAAGUACUGGGAGGCGCACAGGUAGACGAAAAAAUGUUGUCUAACGCUUACGGCCAAAGGGGAGUUAUUUACGGCUCCCGACGUACUAUCGACCGCUAUAUAGUAAGGGAUGACGGCUUUGUGGCCGACGACGAAUUGCAUGUCCAGCCGUUUGUCAUUGAGUUGCGUUAUAAUGACAGUGCGGAUCUAAUUGUGCGUCAAAAACGUAUUUAAAAAAUUAUGUAUUAUUAAGUAAUACAUAAUUUCUCUUUUUUUUUUGAUCUCAAAUUGUUUUUUUUCAUUGAUAAUAAUUACUAUUAUUAAUUUACUGUUAAUUGAUUUGAUUACAUAAA